AUGGAAUGCAUCAACAGUUUAAACAAUUUAAACGUAAGCACGGACUCUUGGGAUCCGAUAAUUAUCUUUCUCGUUGGGCAGAAGUUGGACGCCGAAUCCGUUAAAGACUGGGAACAAUCUGUGCAUAAGGACAGUUCAGAAGACAUGCCUAAGUGGGAAGAGUUACAGAAGUUUCUGGUGGCUAAGUUUCGCACAUUGGAGAUGGCCGCAGCAGUUUCAGUGCCUACACGUGAUAAGUCACAAACUCCCAAGACAUUUCACGUCGCUGAACACGAAGAAGAAGACGAGAGUUUGUUUCAAUGUGCACAUGCAAGCGUAGCUUCACAGCCUACUUGUACCUAUUGUAAAGGUGAACACUACAUAUUCAACUGCAAGGAAUUUACUCAAAAGUCAGUGGAAGACAGACAGGAUUUCGUGAGAAAGAACCGAUUGUGCUACAACUGCCUUGUUCCAUACCAUAAUGUCUUUCGAUGCAGACAAAAGACGUCGUGCAGGGUCUGCAGAAAAAGGCAUCAUUCUCUUCUGCAUCAAACGAGAGAAUCUAAUGAAGAAGUAGCUGCUACACAACCACCAUCACAACCGGAACCUGACACAAAACUUACAACCUUGCACGUUUCCAAACAACAACAGAGUCGUAAAAUGUUACUGGCCACAGCACAAGUAGCAGUAAAGUCAAGCGAUGGUGAUACACACAUACUUCGAGCUCUAAUCGACCCGUGCUCAGAGGCUUCAUUUGUAUCAGAACGAGUAGUACAAUUACUAGGUUUGUCAAGAACCAACAUCAGUGGAGUCGUUUCUGGACUUGAAGAAAGUACACAAAUAAAUGUCAAGCAUAUGGUCGAUGUUACAAUUGCAUCAAGGUAUGAAAACAAGAAGACUGUGCUAGUUUCAGCUUACGUUUUAAAGUCGGUAUCCACAUAUUUGCCUUCGAAACAUAUUUCGAUAGAUUCUCAGGCCAUUGAAACAUUAAAAUUGGCUGAUCCAACCUAUGACACUCCCAGCAAGGUGGAUAUGUUGCUCGGCGCAGAAAUCUACUGUCAAAUUAUUCAAGAAGGCUUAGUAAAAAUGAAUGAUGGGAUAGUCGCUCAAAAAACUACUUUAGGGUGGAUACUAACAGGUCGAAAACAAAUAGAAGCACAGAGCGACGAACACAACGUUACAACAUUACACAUAACAAGAAUGGUGGCUGAAGACAACGAUUUACUACGGAGGUUCUGGGAGAUAGAAACUGAUGUGUACAAGAAAAAGAAAAUACUGACAAAAGAAGAAGAACAAUGCGAAGAGAUAUACAAAAACACAACUAAAAGAGAUGAAAGCGGAAGAUAUACGGUACACUUACCAUUAAAACAAAACGUUAAAGAAACAGUUGAUCUAUGUGGUGAUACGAAACAACAGGCUGUCAAUAGAUUUAGGAGUCUGGAAAGAAAAUUUGGAAAAGACCACAAGUUAAAGAAGGAAUACACAAAAGUUAUAAAUGAGUACAAGGACAUGGGACACUUGCGAAGAUCAGAAAAACAAGACGAUGACAAUGCACUGUAUCUUGCUCAUUUGGCUGUAAUUCGAGAGGACAAAGACACUAGCAAAGUGCGCGUAGUCUAUGAUGCUUCUGCUAAGGGCUCACACGGUCAUUCUCUCAAUGACACCAUGAUGGUAGGACCGGUUUUACAACCCGAUCUUCGGAGCCUAGUAGUAGCUUGGCGAAAACACAAGAUUUGCGUCGUAGGAGAUAUCGUAAAAAUGUAUAGGAUGAUAAAUAUGACAAAAGAACACAUAAACCUGCAACGUAUUGUCUGGCGAGAUAGACCGGAGGAUGAGUUCGAGAGCUAUGAGUUAACAACUGUGACAUUUGGGACCGCUGCAGCGCCAUUCUUAGCAGUCCGUACAUUAAACCAAUUGGCCGACGAUGAAGCUCACGAAUUUCCUGAAACUGCGCCAGUAAUAAAGAAGUCGUUUUACAUGGAUGAUCUAAUGGUAGGAAAUGAAAACAUAGAAGAAACGAAGAAAAUGUGCCAAGAAAUUAAAGAAAUAAUGAGAAGAGGAGGAUUUCAAAUGCAAAAAUGGUCUAGCAAUUCAGAUGAAGUUUUAGAAUAUUUGAAAGAAGACAAUAGUACAAGAGACACGCUAGAAAUCAAAAUGGACAAAAUAAUAAAGAUUCUUGGCUUGACCUGGAAUAGACAAGACGAUACGUUUGAAAUUACAGUAAACUUACCUGAAAUGAGAAGUCCUAUAACAAAGAGGUCUAUACUUUCUGAUGUUGCUCGCCUGUUCGACCCUUUUGGGUGGCUAGCACCUGUAAUAAUAACUGCUAAAGUAUUAAUUCAGAAGUUAUGGUUGAGUCAUCUGGGUUGGGAUGAUGAGUUGCCAUCGGACUUGACAGACGAGUGGCUUCGGUAUAGAGAAGAACUGAUAAAUUUACAAAACGUCAAGGUUCAGCGUUGGUUAAACAUGAUACGAGAAGAUGAUCACAUUGAGCUGCACGGAUUUUCAGAUGCAUCCACUCAAGCUUAUGCAGCCGUGACUUACCUGAAGGUUGUUAGAGGUGGUGUAGUAUACGUCUCUAUGAUCGCGUCAAGAACUAAAGUCGCACCCCUGAAGCAACUUUCUGUUCCUAAAUUAGAGCUUUGUGCUGCAGCCUUAUUAGCAGAAUUGAUCAGUGAUGUCACAGAGCUUCUGAAGAUUCCUAAAAAUAAAAUAUUUGUUUGGACGGACUCAAUGGUCGUACUGGCUUGGCUGCAAUCUCAACCUAGUCGCUGGAAAACAUUUGUAGCGAAUAGGACAGCUGAUAUUACACGAUUGAUAGAUAAUGAUCGUUGGAGACAUGUGCAAUCUGCGGAUAAUCCUGCGGACAUCGCGACAAGAGGAGUCAAAGCGCAAGAAUUAGCUACACAAGAUCUGUGGUGGAGUGGGCCAGAAUGGCUUAAGAGAGACCAAGUAGAAUAUGAAAAAAGAGAAAUUGCACAAACAGAAUUAGAAUCAAAAACGACAUGUCAUGUACUUGUAGAUGAAAAGCCUAUAUGGGAGAGAUUUUCAACAAUGUCACGAAUGAAGAGAGUGCUAGCUUAUUGUAGAAGAAUGUUAACCGAAAGAAAAAGAGAGCUAGAAGAGAGUAAACACUUAACAGUUAAAGAAAUGGAAAAAGUGGAAGAAGAAUGUAUAAAGUUCUAUCAAAAUUUAGUAUAUGGAACAGAUAUAGACGAUUUGAAGAAAGAAAAGAGUUAA